AUGCGACCAGUCUCGACUGUUUCGAACGGAAGAGUCUACAGAUAUGGACUAGCGCUAUCAGCAUGGAUCAUGGCAUUGAUUCUGGGAAUACAUUAUGCUGUCUAUAUUAAAUUUUACGAAGACGAUGGUACUUGUGGUCAUGAAUUUGAGUAUCCCAAGGUAAUUUUGUAUGUUGACGUAGUGGUUAUGUUGGUAUUACCAAUAUUUACCAUAACAAUUUGUUAUAUCUUGAUUUUUGUCACUAUCAGUCGUCGGCAUCAAAAUGGAUUUGUUGUCUCAAAACGGAAGCAUAGCUCGACGAAUGAGUCGGAGGGUGAAAUCCAAGGGAAAGACAAAAUAAUAACCACAGCAAAAAUCAAAACUAUAAAAUUACUUUUUGUUGUCGUUAUAGCGUAUAUUUUGUGUUGGGCACCAAUUACUGUGGCAGCUUUUUUAAACCACUAUGACGUUAUAUCUGUGUCAGACAAUGCUACCGAAAAGGUCGUAUUUCAGCUGCUGUAUUUGUUUGCACCACUGAACAGUUUGGUAAACCCAAUGAUUUUUCUCCUUUUUAAUAGGAAGAUGUUUGUUAGGAAAAGAAAAGUAUUGUAUGAUUACAGUUCCAGAAGGACUUCCAUACCAAUGAUCUCACUAGGAGCAUCUCGGACAUCACUUUAUAAUAUUAAAACCAAUUAUUGAG